AUGGCGCACGACGGCAUCGCCGAUGAUGGCGCCGCCGCGCCGCUGCUCGCGUCGUCCGCGAACUCCGGCAAGCCACGCUGGAACAUGUACGCCUUCGCCUGCGCCACGCUCGCGUCCAUGACCACCAUCCUCAUGGGCUACAAUCUCGCCCUGAUGAGCGGCGCGCAGCUGUUCAUCCGGCAGGACCUGGGCCUCUCCGACGCGCAGAUCGAGGUGCUGGCCGGGUCCAUCAACGUGUUCAUGCUCAUGUCCAUCCUCGCCGCCGGCUGGGCGGCCGACCUCCUCGGCCGCCGCGGCACGCUCGUACUGGCCAACGUCUUCCUCAUGGCCGGCGCACUCGCCAUGUCGCUGGGCAGCAGCUACUCCGCGCUCAUGGCCGCGCGCUGCAUCACCAGCGUCGGCUCUGGGUUCUCCGUUGUUGUCACCUCCGUUUACAACGCCGAGAUAUCGCCGGCGUCCAUGCGCGGCUUCCUCUCAUCUUUCCUUGACAUGUUCAUCAGCCUCGGUUUACUUCUGAGCUACGUGUCCAACUAUGCCUUCGCCGGCUUGCCGGUGCACCUUGGCUGGCGUAUCAUGUACGGCGUCGGCGUGCUUCCGCCGGUGCUGCUCGCCGUGGGCGUGCUCGCCAUGCCAGAGUCGCCGCGGUGGCUGGCGAUGCGCGGGCGCCACGCCGAUGCGCGCGCGGUGCUCGUGCGCACCUCGGACACCCCGGCCGAGGCCGACCUGCGCCUCGAGGAGAUCAAGCAGGCCGUCAGGGAGCCACAGGUUAGUGACGGUGACCGAGGCAGCAACGUCUGGAAGGAGCUGCUCAUCCGGCCGUCGGCGAGCGUGCGCCGGAUCCUCGUCUGCGUGGUCGGCGUGAACUUCUUCCAGCAAGCGUCCGGCAUCGACGCCCUCGUGCUCUACAGCCCACUGGUGUUCCGCAAGGCCGGCAUGUCGUCCGACAAAGCCGUCCUCGGCGCCACUGUGGCCGCCGGCGUCGUGAAGAUGUGCUUCGUCCUGGUGGCCACGCUCUUCUCGGACCGCCUCGGCCGGCGCCCGCUCCUCCUCGCUAGCACGGCGGGCGUGGCCGUGUCCAUGGUGUCGCUGGGCGUGACGCUCUGCGUCGGCGGCGCCGCGAGCAUGGCGGCCAGCGUCCUGUCGGUGCUGGCCUUCAUGACGGCGUUCUCCAUCGGGUUCGGCCCGCUGGCGGGCACGUACAGCGCCGAGAUCAUGCCGCUGCGGCUGCGAGCGCAGGGCGCCAGCCUGGGCACGGCGGUGAACCGGCUGACGUCCGCGCUGGUCAGCAUGACGUUCAUCUCGCUCGCGGAUGCGAUCACCAUGCCUGGGUGCUUCUUCCUGUACGCCGGCGUGGGGGCGGCCGCGUGCGCGUUCGUGUACGCGCGGAUGCCGGAGACCAAGGGACGGAGCCUCGAGGACAUGGACGUGCUCUUCGCCAAAUGA